CCUAUGCUUUAGUUAGGACUUCAGUUAGAAACACGCGGUCGUGACAAAAGACCCCGCCUCACCGGUGGGGGGACCUGUGCCGAAUCCACCCUCCGCUGGAAGCUCCACCGCCCUCACGGGGGAGGGCAGAGCGCGACGGGGGGUCGGGCCGCUCCCACUCCCAGCAGCAGGUGGAGGGCUCCGCUGGGGCUGGGCGGCUUUUUCUCCCUUCCCUGGUUGUCUCUGAGGGCGAGUGACUCCACCUUUGCCGGCGUCGGAGGCGUGGGCGGCCGUCUCCCCGCUGGGGCUCGGGGCAUCGCCGGGGCUCCCCUCGCCAUGGCUUUCACCUUCGCUGCUUUCUGCUACAUGCUGUCGCUCGUCCUCUGCGCCGCACUCAUCUUCUUCGCCAUCUGGCAUAUAAUCGCCUUUGAUGAACUACGGACGGACUUCAAAAGCCCAAUAGAUCAGUGCAACCCAGCCCACGCAAGAGAGCGGCUGAGAAAUAUUGAGCGUAUUUGCUUCCUCCUGCGAAAGCUGGUGUUGCCGGAGUACUCCAUCCAUAGCCUUUUCUGCAUAAUGUUUUUGUGUGCUCAGGAAUGGCUCACACUGGGCUUAAAUGUUCCUCUGCUUUUUUAUCACUUCUGGAGGUAUUUUCGUUGCCCAGCAGAUAGUUCAGAACUCGCUUAUGAUCCACCUGCAGUUAUGAAUGCAGAUACCUUGAGUUACUGUCAAAAAGAGGCCUGGUGUAAGCUAGCUUUCUAUCUCCUUUCUUUCUUCUACUAUCUUUACUGCAUGAUCUACACUUUGGUGAGCUCUUAACUAAAAGAUCAUCAUUAAAGACUGAAAACAACAAAACCUGUGGAGGUGCAAGGAGGAUUGGUCCAAGUGAUGCAUGAUUAAAAGAUAAAUAAGUAAAUGGAAAUUAAAAAGAGGAAGACUUUGAACCCAAGAAGUAGAGUAUGUGACAGAGACACUGAGCAGAAGCAGAGUACCAUGAAGAAUGACUGAGUUAACUGUGUUUGUCUCCUGUCUCUCAGUGUGUUGCAGUAAAUGACUUUCAAAACCCAAGGGAAACAAACAAACAAAAAAGCAACCAAGUAGUCUGAGUUACAGAACUGUUUUCCUCUUCAAGGAUAAUGCUGCUCAGCUAAAUGGAUUCAUCAUAACCUGUAGUCCUUACCGUCUUCCAGGGAGCAAAGUUUCUUUCUUUUAAUGAUUGUUCUGUUCUCAGGAAGCAAAGGACAAGAUCAUCAUAAACAGCAGGAACAUUUACAUAGUAUGUCAUGAAAAUGAGCACUAACUAGGGUUCAGACGAGAUGUGUGACUGUUCUGCAGGCAUGUUCAUGUGACACUCAUCAAACAGGGAUGUUGGAUCUUGGGGGAUUGUUUUCUGUGGAUUUUCCCUGCCCUUCACCUUUAGCACUAACAACAAAGAAUUUAGAAAUUGCAGUGUUCUGUUUUUUAAUAUGUUAUUACUGUAGACAAACUUGCAGUAUGUUUCUGUACUUCAAUUGUGUUGCAUCGAUAACGUAGUGAUAAGUAUGAAUACAUUGGGAUUGGCUUAACCAAAUUAAGCACUUACCAGAGUAGUGUUCCUCUGACUGCAAAAAAGCCUGGUGAGAGCUACAUAAAUUAAAGAGGAUUGUAAUAUAUAUAUUAUAUUCCUUAGAGUGCUGGACAGUGAAAUACCGGACUAGAUCGUGGUCUGUAAUUCUAUUGUGCAAUUUUAUUUCUGCUGUCAAAUUUAUGCUAAAACUAAGUCACUCAAUGUUUUUGUUCCGUAUGA